AUGUCUAAUUUUCCUGGCUGCUGUCAAAGUCGUCGUUCUGGUCGUUCCCAGCCACCACCACCGCCUCCGAUGGGUCCUCCACCUCCACCGCCUCCCAUGGGUCCUCCACCUCCACCGCCUCGUGGCAAUAUCUAUCAGCUUCCAAAUCAUCCUCCUCCACCACCAUUCUGGAACGGUUCAGGUCCCCGACCAAUUCUGCCUAUUCCACCACCACCGCGAUUUUCAGCUGUCGCUCUUCAUAACCAACCGACUCCACCACCACCAGCCGGACCCAUUCCUCAAGGUUCAAUGUUAUUGCUGACCUCAUCUCUUAGAGCGGCAACGUCUCAAAUGGAUAAUACCAUCUGUCGAAUCUUAACUUUCCAAGCUCAAGAAAACAAAGCCUUCCGCGACGAGAUGGCAAGGCGGCAGGUGGAAGCAAACAACAUGCUCACUGAUGUCACGAAGAUGCUUCUGAAAGAGCAAGAAGCGAAUCAAGCAUUCCAAAAAGAAAUGAUGGAGACGUUUGCAAAAGCAAUCAGUGGAGCCUCUACACCGACGGCUUCGGUUCCUUCAGCACCAGCGCCUUCUGAGGUAUCAACGCCACUGAUUGUCGAGCUCCCGGCGCCAUCCAUUCCAGAACCGGUCAAGAGACCAACACGGCUUUUGAUUAAAAGGGAGCGAUUAGAAGAAGAGGACGAUAAGAACGAGAGGGAGGAAAAUGAAUUGCCAACAAAAAGAAGAAGAACGAGGACCCCGAAAACUGCUGCUGCAAAAGCAACUGUUAGACACAAGCAGAAGAAGAAGUGA